GGUGUGUCGUUGCUGUUUCUGCCAUCUUUCUUUCUUUCUCUUCCGCACCACCACUGGAAACAGUUCAACGUGAUGGUCCUGCAAAUCUUUUCUUGUUAAAAUGUAAUCUCUGAGUUAUUAGUGAAUUUAAGUGAUGUACUGAGGACUUGUUUCAAAUGGACACUUGUGUUCUGACCCUGCAGCUAUUACCAUUUCAAGGUUGACAAAGCAAAAUGUAUCUAUACAACUUGACACUUCAGAGAGCCACAGGGAUCACUCAUGCCGUCCAUGGAAACUUUUCCGGCAGCAAGACCCAGGAGGUGCUUGUCUCUCGAGGCAAGAUCCUGGAGCUUCUGCGGCCAGACCCCAACACUGGCAAGGUGCACACGCUGCUCACUGUCGAGAUAUUUGGCAUCGUACGCUCCCUCAUGGCCUUCAGGCUCACUGGCGGCAAUAAAGACUACAUCGUAGUGGGCUCGGACUCCGGCAGGAUAGUGAUCUUGGAGUAUCUGCCCAACAAGAACAUCCUGGAGAAGGUACAUCAAGAGACCUUUGGCAAGUCUGGGUGUAGAAGAAUUGUCCCUGGACAAUACUUGGCUAUUGAUCCCAAGGGCAGAGCUGUCAUGAUCGGUGCUAUAGAGAAGCAGAAGCUGGUGUAUAUAUUGAACAGAGAUGCCGAGGCCAGAUUGACCAUCUCCUCACCCCUUGAGGCCCACAAGAGCAACACUCUGGUCUAUCACAUGGUGGGCGUUGACGUCGGCUUUGAAAACCCCCUCUUUGCCUGUCUGGAGAUAGACUAUGAGGAGGCAGAUACAGACGUUACGGGUGAAGCUGUACACAAGACACAACAGACGCUAACAUUCUACGAGCUGGACCUGGGUUUGAACCACGUGGUGCGCAAGUACUCCGAGCCACUUGAGGAACACGCCAACUUUCUGGUGUCCGUGCCCGGUGGCAACGACGGCCCCAGCGGAGUGCUCAUCUGCUCAGAGAACUAUCUGACUUACAAGAACUUGGGCGACCAGCACGAUAUUCGAUGUCCUAUACCCAGGAGACGAAAUGACUUGGAUGAUCCGGAGAGAGGAAUGAUCUUUGUCUGCUCUGCGACUCACAAGACCAAGUCCAUGUUCUUCUUCUUGGCUCAGACUGAACAAGGCGAUAUCUUCAAGGUUACGCUGGAAAUGGAUGAAGACAUGGUGACAGAGAUCAAACUCAAGUACUUUGACACAGUUCCUGUAGCCACGGCCAUGUGUGUUAUGAAGACUGGGUUCCUGUUUGUGGCUGCGGAGUUUGGCAACCACUACUUGUACCAGAUAGCACAUUUGGGAGAUGACGACGAUGAGCCGGAGUUCAGUUCGGCCAUGCCUCUAGAGGAGGGAGACACUUUCUUCUUUGCCCCCCGACCUCUCCGCAACCUGGUGUUGGUAGAUGAGAUGGACUCUCUGUCGCCCAUCUUGGCGUGUCAAGUGGCAGAUCUGGCCAAUGAGGAUACGCCUCAGCUGUACAUGGCCUGCGGGCGAGGACCAAGGUCGACAAUACGAGUGUUGCGUCACGGUCUAGAGGUGUCGGAGAUGGCUGUGUCUGAGUUGCCCGGCAACCCCAACGCAGUCUGGACUGUCAAGAAGAGAGUUGAUGAUGAGUUUGACGCGUACAUCAUCGUGUCGUUCGUCAACGCCACUCUGGUGCUGAGUAUCGGAGAGACUGUAGAGGAAGUAGCGGACUCCGGGUUCCUGGGGAUUACUCCGACCUUGAGCUGUUCAGCUCUCGGAGACGAUGCCGCAGUUCAGGUCUACCCCAAUGGUGUGAGACACAUCAGGUCGGACAAGAGGCUGCAGGAUUGGAAGGUGACGGGCAAGAAGCAGAUUGUCAAGUGUGCUGUGAACCAGAGACAAGUGGUGAUAGCACUGACAGGCGGGGAGUUGGUCUACUUUGAAAUGGAUGCGACGGGAGAGCUGAAGGAGUAUGACACACACAAGGAGAUGGCCAGUGAUGUGGUGUGUAUGGCGCUGGGCAACGCACCUUCAGGCGAGCAGAUGUCAAGGUUUCUGGCUGUUGGACUUGCCGACAACACUGUCAGAAUCAUCUCACUGGACCCCGACGACGGACUAUCCCCACUGAGUAUGCAGGCACUGCCAGCCGCCGCAGAGUCUCUGUGUAUUGUAGAGAUGGGGGGAGAGGAGGGAGGUGGCGGCACGUUGUACCUCAACAUUGGACUGACCAACGGAGUGUUGCUGAGGACUGUGUUGGAUCCUGUGACUGGCGACCUCAGUGACACCAGGACACGGUACCUGGGCAGUCGUCCUGUCAAACUCUUCAGGAUCAGGAUGCAGGGCAGUCAAGCGGUGCUGGCCAUGUCAAGCAGGUCGUGGCUCAGUUACAGCUACCAGAACCGGUUCCAUCUGACUCCUUUGUCGUACGAGUCACUCGAGUAUGCGUCUGGUUUCUCCUCAGAGCAGUGUCCAGAAGGUAUUGUUGCCAUUUCUUCCAACACACUGCGGAUCUUGGCUUUGGAGAAGUUGGGAGCUGUUUUCAACCAGGUGUCUUUUCCUGUAGAAUACACUCCAAGAAAGUUCAUUGUUCAUCCAGAAUCUUCUAAUUUGAUCAUUUUGGAAACCGAACACAAUGCUUACACGGAGGAGACGAAAAAGCAGCGGAGAAUACAAAUGGCUGAGGAAAUGCAGGAGGCUGCUGGUGAGGAGGAGCAGGAGCUGGCCAGAGAGAUGGCCGAGGCGUUCCUGACAGAGGAUCUGCCAGAGAGAGUGUUCUCUGCGCCCAAGGCAGGCGCUGGUAUGUGGGCCAGUCUCAUCAGACUGUUGGAUCCUGUUGAGGGCAAGACUCACCUCGUUCAUCGGCUGGAGCAAAACCUCUGUGCUGUCUGUCUGACACUGGUCAAGUUUGCCAACCAGCCAGAGACUCAGCAGUUCCUUAUCCUGGGUGUGGCCAAAGAUCUCCAGCUCAACCCCAGACAAGUGACUUGUGGCUACAUAUACACCUACAAAAUAGAUGCAGCUUGCACACAACUUGAGUUAGUACACAGGACCCAGGUUGACGAGGUGCCUACAGCGAUUUGCGGCUUCCAGGGUCGUCUGCUGGUGGGUGUUGGCCGCAUGCUGCGUCUCUACGACAUGGGAAAGAAGAAGCUGCUGCGCAAGUGUGAGAACAAGCACAUCCCCAACCUGAUAGUGGACAUGAAGGCCAUGGGACACAGGGUGUUUGUCAGUGACGUGCAGGAGAGUGUGUACUACGUUCGCUACAAGAGACAGGAGAACCAACUCAUCAUCUUUGCUGACGACACACAGCCUCGCUGGAUCACCACCACCUGUGUGCUCGACUACAACACUGUCGCUUGCGCCGAUAAGUUCGGCAACAUAUCUGUGAUCCGACUGGCCCCAAGCAUUACCGAUGAUGUAGAUGAAGACCCGACGGGCAACAAGGCUCUGUGGGACCGCGGACUGCUGAACGGAGCCUCACAGAAGGCAGACUUCAUCACCAACUUCCACAUUGGAGAGACAGUGAUGUCGCUACAGAAGGCCACUCUAAUCCCUGGGGGUUCUGAGUCGCUGGUGUACACAACGCUGAGUGGCAGUGUGGGGGUCCUCGUGCCCUUCACUUCCCACGAGGACCAGGACCUGUUCCAACAUCUGGAGAUGCACAUGAGGUCGGAGAACUCUCCGUUGUGUGGCCGCGACCAUCUCAGCUUCCGCUCGUAUUACUACCCUCUCAAGAAUGUGAUUGAUGGAGACCUAUGUGAGCAGUAUAACGCCAUAGACUCGGCGAAACAAAAGAGUAUUGCAGAGGAUUUGGACCGAACACCGUCCGAGGUAUCAAAGAAGUUGGAAGAUAUUCGCACAAGAUAUGCGUUCUAGACAGACAUUUCUUUGCUCACCUUGUAUUAUAGUUUUAACAUGUCUAACUUUUUGUAUUUUGUAUUAGAGCUUUAUUUAUCAAUAUGUUUUGGAUCUCCUUGUAUAGUUAAGAAUUAAUAAAUGUAUUAAAAUCA